UGUUCUGUUUGAACGCCACAUGCUGCUAUUUAUAACAGCAAUAACUCAGAGGGAGAGAGAGGGAGAGAGAGGGAGAGAGAGGAGGAGUCAUGUGACCUCCAGCUCAUUCCACAGAUAGUGACGGACAGACUGCUCACUCUGCUCCAUCUGUCACUGCCCCGGAGCGGCGGAGGAUGUGAGGUCUGACCGGCGUUCUGGAAUAUCGACAGUAAUCCUCAGCGAGCGCCAGAGACACCAUGCCCGAGGAGAAAGUGUUCCAGCAGCAGGCUGUCCACAGCCCUCUGGAGCAGCAGAAGCAGAAGCAGAAGCAGAAGUCGGGUGGAGGCGGACCGAUCCCCUGUCAGAACUGUGGGAAGCCCUGCAAGGGAGAGGCGCUGCGGGUGCAGAACAAACACUUCCACAUCAAGUGCUUCGCCUGCAAAGUGUGCGGCUCGGAGCUGGCCCAGGGCGGCUUCUUCGUGCGGCAGGGCGAGUACCUCUGCACCCUGGACUACCAGCGGCUCUACGGCACCCGCUGCUUCAGCUGCCAGGACUUCAUCGAGGGGGAGGUGGUGUCGGCCCUGGGGAAGACCUACCACCCCCGCUGCUUCGUCUGCGCCUCCUGCAGACAGCCGUUUCCAGCCGGCGACCGGGUGACGUUUAACGGGAAGGAGUGCGUCUGUCAGAAGUGCACCCAGCCUCUGCCCGCCAACAGCCCCGCCCCCAUCCAGGCCGUGCACAACUGCUGCGGCUGCGGGAAGGAGUUCAGGAACGAGCAGUCGCUGGUGGCGCUGGACAAGCACUGGCACCUGGGCUGCUUCAAGUGUCAGGUCUGCAACAAGGUGCUCAACGCCGAGUACAUCAGCAAGGACGGGAUCCCGUACUGCGAGAUGGACUACCAUGCCAUGUUUGGCAUCCAGUGCGAGAGCUGCAAGAAGUACAUCACCGGGAAGGUGCUGGAGGCCGGGGAGAAGCACUACCACCCGUCCUGCGCCCGCUGCGCCCGCUGUGAGCAGAUGUUCGCCGAGGGGGAGGAGAUGUACCUGCAAGGAUCGUCCAUCUGGCAUCCUCCAUGCAGACAAGCUGCCAAGCAGGAGGAGAAGAGCAAGAAGCAGGUCCGGAUCCAGCUCAGUGAGCAGCAGGUGACCCGCACAUCCUCGGAGAGCAUCACCUCAGUCCCAGCGUCCAGCGCCUCGGGCUCCCCCAGCAGAGUCAUCUACGCCAAGCUGGGAGAGGAGACCCUGGACUACAAGGACCUGGCGGCUCUCCCCAAGACCAAGGCCAUCUACAACAUCGACCGGCCCGACAUGCUGUCCUACUCGCCCUACGUCAGCUACCCGUCCGAGGAGCGCCACUACGGAGAGUCCCCCCAGCUGCUCUCUCCUACUCCGACCGAGGGUGACGGCGAGAAGUCGCCCCGCCAGCGGAGACCCUCCAGCCCCAGCUCCAACAGCUCUCUGGGGGGCUACGGGCGAUACACGCCGUCCCGCUCCCCCCAGAACUACAGCCGAGCAGUGACCUCCAGUGUCUGUGAUGUGAUUGGACGACCAGGACCCGAGGUAAACCCCGGAGGUAGAUACACCACCCAGACCCCAACCCUCCUGGGCGGCACUAGGUCCCCCUCCUCCUCCGCCUGGGCCCGGGACUCGUCCUCCCUCCCUCUCUACUAUGGCGGGGUGGACGGCGGUGGCGGUAACGGGAAGUGCUCGCCCACGCCAGCAGGGGGCGGCGCAGGCCUGUCUCUGCACCUGAACCCCACCACGCUGGCCAUGCUGCAGCAGCACAACUACAUCCCUUACUUCAGAGGUAGUGAAAGUGGGCGGAGCACCCCCAGCCUGUCCACCUACUCCGACGGGAAGUCCCCUUCGUCGGCCUCCACAUACGUGGCUGCUCCCCGGCACUUCCACAUCCCAGAGACUAUGGUCAAAGAUAAUAUCUAUAGAAAACCCCCCAUCUACAAACAGCAUGCUUCUAGAACAUCCUGGCAGGAUGGUGAGGAUGGCAAGAGGACCAGCUGGAUGAUCUUGAAGAGUGAAAUCGAUGGGACGAUGGGUCCAGAGGACCUGGACCCCCGUAAGUCCACCUGCAGCCUGCCGACCGACACCUCCCAGCCCAAUUUCCCCUACAAUAAGUCCGCCUCUCUGCCCGGCUAUGGACGCAACGGCAUCUACAAGGCUGCUGAGAUGGUGGAGGAUGAGGUGGAUCCGGACUCCCAGAGCUGGGGAGGUAUGCGAGAGUUCAAGGUCUACCCCUACGAGAUGCUGGCAGUGACGCAUCGAGUGAAAGUCAAGCUUCCCAGAGACGUGGAUCGCACCAGGCUGGAGAGACACCUGUCCCCGGAGGACUUCCAGCAGGUCUUCGGUAUGACCCUGGAGCAGUUCGACCGCCUGGCCCUCUGGAAGAAGAACGACAUGAAGAAGAAGGCGCGCCUGUUUUAGACCGGGAUUCCAGAGUCGACGUCUCCACCAACGUCUGGAAGGAACCAUCCAACAAAACGAAGCCCCGACCCACCCCAAACGUCUCUAUAUGCACCGCCAUAACCGCCGGACGGCGCCACGCCGCCAGCGCCUGCCCGUCAAGCCACGGAGAGGCGCUCCGUGUGAGGGACGCCUUCACCAGGCAGUGUCCACAGCUUCUUCUUCCUCUUCUUCUUCUUCUUCUUCGUCUUUUGGAAUCUUCUGACUGACGGACCUUGCCGCGGAGGCGGAGGAGCGGCGUUUUGCAUGGCCUGUGUCGACGCUCCCGCCUCCCGUGUGGUUUCUGCAUCCGCCCCCAUGAAGACCAGCGGCCUCUUAGCUCCCGCUGCCGCCGGUGACUGCUCGGGCCGUCGCCCGUCUUCCUUUGUGUCCGCCUGAAGGUCUGUCCGUCCCGUCUGAACGCGGCUGGCGUUGGUCUGCUGCCUUUGGUUCCAGUUCCAGUCUCGUGGAUCCAGGACGGUCCUGAAGGUGUCAAACAUGAAGCAUUUGCCAGAGUGACGUGCUCUCACACCGAUAAGAGAACAAAUUAUUUUUAUAAGCUAUUUUUGACUGGUGGAGACGGAGGUUCGGCCAGCGGCAGCCCAGAGGACGUCUGUUCCCCGGAGGAGACUCGUACGCUUCGUCCGCCUGCAGCAGCUCUUCAGCAUCUCCGCUCACCGCCUGACCGUCGUCCCUUCUCAGAUAGAGGUUCAGCUCUUUAUAUCCUCGUGGUUUGAGCGCAGUGAACACAAGCUACACAUUUAUAAGCUGGACUCAUUCGGCUUUGCUUGAAUUUGACCGAAGUCGCCAACUAACAUGCUGUAAGAUGUACGUGAACAUAUACUGAACAUAUAGCGGAUAUAUCUGUGUGUGUGCGAGCCAUGGUGUGAGUCUCUGCAUGAGGACGGGAGGAGGACGUCUGUCCGGCCGCCUCGUCAGGAAACAUGACCGCCGGUGUGUUUCUGGAGUGACUGGAAACGUUCUGUUGGGUCUGCUGCUUCCAUCAGCUGGUGUUAGCUACGUAUUUAUUUAAUUCUGAUGUGAAGGAGGGGAUUUCGGUUUUUGUUUUUCAAUCUUAAGGUUGUAGUGUCAAAUCGCAUCAUUAGAGAAGAGUUUUAUUUUGAAGAGAAACGGAGUGGAAUGGGCCGUGGCUCCUGUAAGUAACACACUAACUGUCGUCAUGACGUCCUCUUUCUAAUAUCAUCUGCUAUUAAAGUGCUUUAUCCAAACG